AUGGCUAUUAACCUACCUUCCUCACUUCCCUCCCCCCCCCCCCACACACGAGGCUCCCUCCGCCGAGCAGAUGGCCCCCUUGGUGGACCAGCUGUCGGGCUUCAGUGUGGUCGACUACGUGGUGUUCGCCGGGCUCCUGGUGGUCAGCAUGGGCAUCGGGGAUUCCACGCCUUUUCGCGGCAACAAGAACCCGGGUUUUUGCUUGGCGGGCGGUCCAUGUCCACGCUUCCCGUCUCUAUCUCGCUUUUAUCGUCGUUUAUCUCCGCCAUCUCUAUUCUGGGUGAAUUACCCUUAAUUACCCCUGUAACUCGGGAGAGACCUACGCCCACGGAAUGCAGCUCAGCAUGUUGCUCUCGGGCGCCCUCACCGCAUCACGGGGCGGCGCAUCUCUUCCUGCCCGUGUUCUACCCGCUCAAGAUGACCAGCGUGAACGAGUACAUCGAGAUGAGGUUCAACUCCCGCCUGCUCAGGAUCACGGCCCUGGUUCUCAACACGUUCAUCGGGCUCAUCUACUCGGGCCUGUGCCUCUUCGCCCCCACGCUGGCACUGGCCUCCGUCACCCCCCUCUCCGUUGACAGCAACAUCGUCAUCUUGGGCAUCGUCUGCACCGUUUACUCCACCAUCUGGGCGGCGCAGGAGCCAUGCAGCGCAACAACACAGAACCGAUUUUUUCAACCGAGCCUCGACCCCCACGAGCGCCACACCCUGGCCAACGUGGUCACCAUGGGCUCCGUCCUCUACUUCUCCGUGUACGGCGUCUCGCAGACCAACCUGCAGCGAAUCUGCUCCGUGCCUUCGGAGAGCCAGGCCAAGAGAGUCCUGUACAUGAACAUCGUGGGCAUGAUAGUGCUCUGCGGCCUCCUGUACUUCAGCGGCCUCUGUGCCUUCGCGACCUACCACGGCUGUGACCCCCUGACCCGAGGUCUCAUCAGCACAAAGGACCAGAUUAUGCCCUAUUUCGUCAUGGACAAAAUGGGAUUUUUGUAUGGCAUGCCCGGCCUCUUCGUCGCCACGCUUUUCAGUGGCGCGCUGAGACUCAACUCCUCUGUGGACGGACACCCUGACCCCUGCCAUUUUCGGGAAGAUUCCAACGGGCGGGCCAUCGUCAACAAGAUCCUGUCCCUGAUGGUGGGCGCCGUCAUGAUCGGCGUGGCCUUCUUCGCCAAGCGCUUCGGCGGCCUCAUCCAGGCGGCCAUCACCAUCACGGGCGUCAUGGGCGGCCCCAUGCUCGGCCUCUUCAUCCUGGGCAUCCUCGUGCCCCACUGCGACCGCCGCGGGGCAUUCGUGGGGCUCGUCACGUCGGCGGUCUUCGUUUCCUGGAUAGCGAUGGGGGCCUCUUUCUACGGCACCAAGCCCGAAUACCUCUCUCUCUCGGCUGACAACUGCCCCGUCAGCUUCAACGUCAGCAAUCAGACGCUGGAUACCCACGACAAUCAGGUGAUGAGUGACGUCACCCAGUUUGCGAAUCUCAGUUCUUUCGUCCAUUCAAGAGGCCAGAACGAUCUUGAUGACGUCAUGAGUAAAUCCGCAUUACACGAACUCGACUUGGAGGAGGAUGCGGCCGCCGUCAUUGCUGCCGAGAGCCUCGUCGAGGAACCCAAGGCACAGGAGGAUUGGCCACUCCUUGCCUUAUAUAAGAUAUCCUACACACUUUAUCCAGUCAUCGGAACUCUUACCUGCAUCGUCGUGGCCAUUAUCAUCACUAUCGCUACAGGUGGAGAGGAUCUGAGCCGAGUAAGACCGGAGCUGGUGAGUCCUAUUAUCCGGCGGUUCCUUCCUGCCAGUUCUAGGACGACGAAGGACUCCUAUUACCUCCCUGUCAAAACCUUCUCCAUGGAGGACACAGCCAACGGACACCAGCUGUAUCCUAUGCACAAAUCUGAGUCAUAAAUUUGAUCUUUCUUUUUCUUGUCUUUUCGUUACUUUUUUUUUUUUUUUUUUUUUUUUUUUACUAUUUCUUUCGUGGUAAGUUUAGGAUUAUUUCCCAUCUCGAGUCUUUUUUUCAAAUUUGUUCUCUCGAUUUUCAUAUCCAUUGCACAUUAAUCUUAAUAACAUGCUAUUGACUACCAUAGACAUUUUAUAUCAGUAGACAAAAUUUGAUUUAACUUUUUUUUUCGGCGCGCCAUUGUGAUGACGUCAUUGCCUUUCAAGUACAAGGAAGUUCAGUUUCAUCGAUCACUUUCGCUGUAUUUUGUCUUUCAUUUUCACCGAAAGUAAAUAAGAUAAAUAAGAUAGAUAUUGUCCCUGUAUAUUCUCUUCAUGGAGAGGGCUAACGUAAAAUUUAUGAUACUCAUAUUCUCAAAACAAAAUCAAAACAAAAGGCGACCAUUGUGUUCGGAGUCAAGCUUUGUGUUCGAACUCCUUUCUGAAGCAUCGAGAUUCUUCCGUUAGCGGUUUGAAUACAGAAGCUUCUUGAGCUAAAACGUAGAAAAUGUAUGGCUGAGAGUACAUAAUUUCACUACAGAUGGUAUUGAUAAUUUUCCAUACCUUUUCUACACAGUAAAUUAUCUUUGAAUUAACUAGUGUGUAUUACAAGAAUUCAGUGUAAGUCCCACACUAUCCGUCUCUGCUUUUUUUUAAACUAAAGGUCUAAAAUGUAUUCAAAUUAUAAUUAUUAUUGGUAAUAGGGAUUUUUUGUUGUUGAAACUAACCACAGCUUACUCAAAUCCUGGCCCUUAUACUGAAUUUUGAUAAUACGAUGAAAAAUAUAUAAAAUGUACGCCUUUGAUAUUUUUUAAAUGUUAGAGCUUUAUGAAUAUCACAAACACCUCAGUCUUCCUAGAAAUUCUCAUUUUAUAAUAUCAUCUUUCUUUUUCUAUACUUUCAUUAUCGUUUUUUUCACGUAAUUUCAUCUCUUAUUUUUUAUUUGCAUUUUUUUCUUCAUUUUUGUUUAUUUCCCCCAUGUGUCCGUCCUCUUGGCCUUAUUAAAAGAGGCGAGAUUGUCUCCAUUUUAAUUAUAAGAAUUUAUGAUAAUGCUAGUAAAUGUAAACAAGUU